AUGACUGACUAUCAGGCCCAAGCAGCAACGAUGAGAAAUUUGGAGCGACAAAUGGGACAACUUGCCAGUGCCCAAAAUACUCAACCAGCUGGGGCUCUUCCUAGUGAUACGGAGCCUAAUCCUAAAGCUCAAGUCAAUGCAGUUACCUUGAGAAAUGGAAGAGUAUUAGAAGAAGUUCUAAGGAAAAAGAAGUAUACGGCUAGUCCUGAUGGAGAAUUAGUUCCCAAGCCAGUUGAGGAGAAUGAGAAAGAGAACAAAGGAUCAGAGCUAGUAAUUAUGACGAGGCCACCACCUCUGUUUCCACAAAGACUGCAGAAGCAAAAAGAUGACGCUAAGUACAAGAAAUUCUUAGAUAUUCUGAGCCAAGUACGUGUGAGUUUGCCUUUGGUGGAGAUUUUGCAGGAAGUGCCUAAGUAUGCAAGUGCUAGAGUUCAGAGUAAGCUUUCUCCUAAGUUGAAGGAUCCUAGGAGUUUCACAAUUCCUCUGUAUCUUGGAAAACAAGAAGUUGGUAGAGCCAUAUGUGAUUUAGGGGCUAGUAUAAAUUUGAUGUCAUCAUCUUUGUUCAAGCAACUCGGAUUAGGGGUGCUUAGACCUACUACAAUCACUUUACAGUUGGCAGAUAGGUCACUAGUUAUGCCAAAAGAAAUUGUUGAGGAUGUGUUAGUUCAAGUAGGAAAGUUUAUUCUUCCUGCUGAUUUUGGGGCGACCAUUCUUAACUACUGGUGGAGCGAUUAUUGA